AUGUACUCCAGAGACGUCCUGGACGGCGACCACUUUCCGAUCGUGCACGACUUUUCAUACGCCGCGUCGCCGACGCCCGUCUUCGUCAUGCUGCCCCUCGACGUGGUCACGCGCGAUGGCGUCCUACAACACGGCAAGGCGCUCGAGGUGAGCCUCAAGACGCUGAAGAAGAUUGGCGUCGAGGGCGUGAUGAUCGACGUGUGGUGGGGGAUCGUCGAACGCGACGGCCCGGGGUCGUACGACUGGGACGCGUACUUGACCCUGAUGGAGAUGGUUUCAAACGCCGGGUUGAAGCUCAACGCGGUGAUGUCGUUUCACGCGUGCGGCGCCAACGUCGGCGAUUACUUCGAGGUGAAGCUCCCCGGGUGGGUCCUCGAGGCCGCCGUGGACGACCCGGACCUGUUCUUCACGGACCAGUACGGGUACCGCAACCCGGAGGUCAUCUCGUUGUGGGCGGACAACGCGAAGACGCUCGAGGGGCGGACGCCAUUGGAAUGCUACGGCGACUUCAUGCGGAGCUUUCGAGAUUCGGUAGAGGCGGCGGGGCUGACGGAGACCCUCUCGGAGAUCUCCGUCGGCUGCGGGCCGUGCGGCGAGCUUCGAUACCCGGCGUACCCGGAGAACAAGCAGCGCCAGCAGUCGUCGCAGUGGCAGUUCCCCGGCAUCGGCGAGUUUCAGGCGCGUUCUAUCUCACACUGGUUCCCAUACGACCGCUGCUACGACCAGCGCGCGCUUGGAAAUCUCGCGCGCGCGGGGAGCGAGGCUGGCCACAUCGAGUGGGGCGGCGCGGGGCCGCACGACGCGGGCGGGUACAACAACCUCCCGCACGAGACCGGGUUCUUCCGCGCGCACCUCGGGUCGUGGGACACGGAGUACGGGCAGUUUUUCCUCUCCUGGUACAGCGGCGAGCUCGUGGAGCACGGCGAUCGGAUGCUGCAGUGCGCGCGCGGCGUUUUCGGCGCCAGCGACGACGGCGUACAGCUGGCGCUGAAAUGCGCGGGGGUGCACUGGUGGUAUAACUCGAGGUCGCACGCCGCGGAGCUCACCGCGGGGUACUUCAACACGCGGAGCGGGGACUACGCGCCGGAGCGGGACGGGUACGAGCCGAUCGUGAAGAUUUGCGCGAAGCACGAGGCGAGGCUGAACUUUACGUGCGCGGAGAUGCGAGACAUCGAGCAUCCCUUCUUUUCGCGCUGCGGGCCGGAGGGACUGCUUCGACAGAUUCGCGCCGCCGCGGGGCGGCACGGCGUCAAGGUGGCGGGCGAGAACGCGCUGUGUCGCUUCGACCAGGACGCGUACGAUAAGAUCAUCACGAACUGCCGCGGGGAAGGGAACGAGAGCGCGCGGUGGGAGUCGGGCGCGCUUCUGCCGCCGAUGGCUUCGUUUACGUUUCUUCGCAUGACGCGCGAGCUCUUCGAGGAUGACAACUUCAACUCGUUCGUGCACUUCGUCACGAGGAUGGCGAACGAGACGGGCGUGGACGUCGACGGCGCGGAAGGGGGCGAGCGGACGAGAGAGCUCGUGAAGCCAGAGCGCGUCAUGGAGUCGCUGCAUCGAAGCGCGGGCGGGUUGAACCUGCACGACUUGAGGCAAGAGACGGCCAGCGGGCUCGUUGCCGCGCAGUUUUCAGAUCAUAUUUGA